AUGCCGCCAUCUCAAACAGAUAUUGAUGAGGAGCAGCUCCAUUUCUCGAAUGUAAUAUCGACAUUCCAAAACUACGCCAAUUACUCGCUUUCUGCGAACAAUCGCCGGAGAAAGGAUCUUUACACGCUUCCAAAAGCUGAUCAAGAGCUGCUUUCGCAACUAGGCUACCGUGCAAAACUAGACGCGGUUGACGAGGCGAUCAGCAAGAAUGCAGACUUUCUGGGUAGUGUGGUAGCCGAUCCUGAAAUAUUUGGGCAUGAUAUUCAGGAUGAAGAGGAUCACUCUUCGGGACACAGUCAUGAUCAUUCUCAUGGCGGCCAGCACCACCACGGGCACUCCCACUCACACGGGGGGACCAGUACACUGAAACAACUCGUUCGCGACUGGAGCGCUGAGGGAAAAGCCGAACGCGAUGCUUGUUAUCUGCCAAUGACAGAGGCGCUCCUUUCACAUUACUCAGACAUCACCGAGAAUAUGAGGCGAAAUCUACGUGUGUUGGUGCCUGGAGCUGGCCUUGGUCGUCUUGCGCAUGAUGUCGCCAAACUUGGUUUUGCAUCGCAAGGAAAUGAAUUCUCUCAUUACAUGCUACUAACCUCUCACUUUAUUCUGAAUCAAACCACCGCAGUCGAUGCACAUACGAUCUACCCAUAUGUUCACUCGUUUUCCAAUCUCCCAACAAGUGAGGCCCUCCUUCGGCCGGUUACUCUUCCAGAUGUGCUUCCUUCCAGUCUUCCGAAAGGUGUCAACUUCUCACUUGUCGCUGGAGACUUUGAGGAGAUCUACGGUAGUCCUGCGGACCCAUCUGAGCCUCAUGCAGGACUAUGGGAUGCUAUUCUCACUUGUUUCUUCAUCGACACUGCCAAGAAUAUUGUCAACUAUCUCCGUAUUCUGCAUGCGAUUCUCGCUCCUGGAGGUGUCUGGAUUAAUCUCGGGCCCCUGUUGUGGCACUGGGAAAACAACAACACCCACGACCCGUCGGUGGAACUUAGCCUGGAUGAGGUGAAGACGCUCGCGAGGCAGAUCGGGUUUGUGAUUGAGAAUGAGCGUAGUUUGGAUACAACAUAUACGAACAACCCACAGUCGAUGUUGGGGUAUGUUUACAAAGCUGCCUUCUGGACGGCACGAAAGAAACGGGAAGGAGAGGCUUGA